AUGGCCGUCGCAGCCUUCCAAGAUGCGCAUUCUUCAGCUCCCCCCAUAAGCGAGGGGAUUAUAUCGCCAGCCGAGAUUUUCGCAGUGGCUCGCAGCUUGAUUCCUCAAGAGGAGGAACAUUUCAUUAUUCCCGACAUCCAAGCAAUUCUCCUCCACUCAAUUAUUCUUAUCGGCCGUGAGAGCAUGCUAGCUGCCUCCUUGAUCGCAGGAAAAGCCAUGCGUCUUAUUUCUUAUAUGCGAUCCAGCAGAGUAUAUCAAACACACAGUGAUGUGCAAAGACUAACUCUAGCAAAGUUGGGCGCCGCUUGUAAUCUUGUCGAGACUCUGACGUCGAUGUGUAUUGGUCAGCCAUCCCAUUUGUUGGACACGGAGGAUCUUCAUAUGACAGAAACAUCCCAGCAUGGAUCGAGCUUUAGCGAUUCUUUUUGUCCGACUUACGGCUUCGGAAAGCUCUCACUAAAUGCUGAAUCUGCCCGUCCCCAAAUCACACAUUCUCUUACCACACUGGAUCAGCUGAAUCGAUUCGCUCGGAUAUUAAGUACGCACGCGGCCGGAAAGAUUCACCAAAACGGUUCUGUCAAGGCUGUUGCUGUCGGAGAUCUCGUAUCGUCAUUGAAUUCACAGUUCAGCUUUUGUAACUCGGUCAUUGCCGGAGAGGCAACACCAAUGUUACCAUCGGCUUUCCUUGCUCAGGCCAUGUUCUUGGCCACGACAGUUGAGCUUGUUCCGGGCCAGCGAUCGUCGCUUAUAUCCAACUUCCUGGAAGUGGUCGAGUCCAGUAUAACGAAUUUUGGGGCUUGCGGCACCCCGCCCAUCACAGUUGCUCUCUUUUUACUUGUUCAACAAAAAGGGAUAAUGGAUGAGAUGCGGACAUCUGAAGCAAAUAGGUGGAAUUCGGCAUUACACACGAUCAAGGCAGUGUGGGUGCAAGAUGAAAUAACUAAAAGUACUGUAUGCAUUUCGCCCAAAACCUCAACGACAAACAACUCCUGGGGGGGAAUCGUUGGAUUGGAACCAUUGGGCCGGAACAAGUCAACGGCUCAAGGUAGAGAUGACUACCAAUCCCCGACGGGAUCAUUUAACCAAGGAUAUGGAUUAUUCCCAGCGGAUGUACAUGUCCACAUCCCCGCCAGCUCCCAGGUGUUUACGGCGAGCCAGCAUAAAUAUUCUCCCGCGCAACUCCCUCCGGAUCUUGGCAUGAUGUUUGUACCAUCUUCGGUCGGCCCAAUACAGCCGGUUGGUCGCGUUCUACACGCGGGGGAAUCACAUACCGAUCCAGUCGACUAUGAUGCCAUUUUAGAGGAGCUGGGUAAUAUCGAUUAUGCUGACAGCAUCAGCGUGGACCCCCAGUUCAUGAUGAAUCUCGGAUUCGCUCCAGGUUCCACGUUGGAAGAGAUGUUUCAUGCGGACUCUGGCGUCUAA